AUGUCCUGUCCGCCCUGCGACGCUGACAUGAAGGAGAUUUUCAACAGAGAAGCACUGGAUGUCUACAUAGAGUCCAUCAACGAUUAUUCGCCUCUUUGGGAGAUGGCGGAAGAGGAGGGAGACGGGCAGAAGAAGGGUGACGAGGAAAGCCCCGGGGAGAUUGUCGAGCCUAACACAUUGCUCAAGCCCAAGCCGGUGUGUCAUGAACUGUGGAACCAGACACUCAUGGACCUGGGCCUCCUGCUCGACCAGGAUCCAUUUCAACCGCUGCCGGCUCCGCCCUCGCCCACGCCCCCGCAGCCACGGCCGCCAACGGCGGCCCUCACCAUCGAUUGGCCCCCGCUAUCACCGUCGCUGCCGGCCCCGCCGGCCCCGCCGGCCCUGCCGGCCCGCGAGAUGGACUCGCUGCUGUCGGCGUGGCCGGUCAACCUGCAACCAUCACCACCACCAUCACCCCCAUCACCACCGCCAACGCCGCCAUCACCAACACCACCUCCGUCGCCGCCACCGUCGCCUCGCAGCGUGGACGACAUGGGGCCUCAACGCGAGCCACCCGCGUGCCCCGCAACCAUCCCUGCUGUGCCUUCCGUGGUGAUGAUCAUCUCCGUCAAGGAAGGAGUCGUGGUGCCAGUCCCCACCCUCGUCGCGCAAGGAGUCUCGCGUUUGGUGACCAUCCCCAAUUGCGUCGCUCCGCCGCUCCUGCAAGCUGGCCUCCGGAGCGGCCGCGAGCGACUGUCCAGCUGGAGCAGCGAUGUGGUCAUGCCCAUGACGCCAGAGUCCUUGGCAUCACCCGAGUCCAUGGCAUGGGACUUCUUGGACAGCGAGUCGUCGGCGUCCUGUGCAUCGCCGUCCUGUACGCCCUACACCCGGAAGGCGUCCGCGGCCGGUACCGCCGUCCCUUCGCCCAUCAAGGACUCGGCGCCGUCGCCAAUCAGGUACUCCGCGCCGUCGCCCAUCAAGAACUCGGCGCCGUCGUCCAUCAAGUACGCGGCGCCGUUGCCCCUGCCCAAGGCGUCGUCGGGCAGCAAGAGGCGGUGCCGUGGCGGCGCCGGAGUCAAGCUGCCGCGCGAGGGUACCUGCCCCGUGUGUGGCAAGACCGACCUGAAGCGACUCGACAAGCACUAUGACACCCACAGGGAAGAGAAAAAGGUCAAACAACUUAAACAGCAAUGUAUAUCAGGAUUUUAA